ACACUGCUCCAGCCCCCUUGGCCAUCAUGGCUGCUGAGGUGGACCACUCACAGGAGUACCCGCACCAUGCCCACACCAUCCUCAGCCUGCUGUACCAGCAGAGAAAAGCCCGGCACCCUCUCUGCGAUGUUACUCUAGACGUGGGGGGAAAGAUCUUCUCCGCACACAAGGCCGUCCUGGCCGCCAACUCCCCGUACUUUCGCUCCCACUUCGCGUCGGACGCGCAAACUAGCGUGGUGUACCUGAACGGCCUGACGGAGAGGGGAGUGGAGGUUAUACUGGAGUACAUGUACGUCGGGCGGCUCAACAUCAGCAUCGAGAACGGUCUGGAGGUCAACACGGCGGCCAGCUUCCUGCACAUGAUGGAGGUUGUGGCAGACUGUACCCACUACCUGGCGGCAGCGCUGCAAGGGAAGAGAGCUGUGGAGGCAACUUCGCAGGCGAGGCAAACAACAAGCCUUGUGCAGACAAGUUCACAGGUUCAGCAGCAGCAAACUGUGAGCAAAGCUGACUCCAUGAUUCUGGCUUCCAUGCUGGGUGGCACCAGGACUGUACCAUCUGCGUUUAGGGGUGCACCAACCUCUAGGGAGGAGGCGAUGCAGUCCGUUUCCUUUGCCUUGAUGUCACAACAACAGAGUUCUGCAGCAGGGCAGGCACGCAGCUCCACCCAGCAGCUGUCGCCAGUACUGCAGGCCACCCCUGUGCUGUGUCAGCGCAAUCCACACACCACAGAAGAGACUAGACUGGGACACUUACAGCUACCGCCUCCCUCCUCAGACAAUCCAAAGCAGCUCUGUGGUACAGAUUCGCCUGCAGAUCAAAGACGAGUAUCGGAGAGUCAUCAGGAAGACUUCGGCUCUCUUAACGUGGUAUGCAAAACCGAAGAAGAGGAGGUGAUUUCUCUCUCCAGUAGCGAAGACUUUUCCUCCGAGAUGGACUACCACAGGGACCUAGUGCAGGGUGACCUAGUGCAGCAGGAGGAAGGCGGGUUCACCAGCGGGAGGGCGUACGUUAGACCGGGGGAGACGGGGGAAGAGGAUCGUCCGUGGCUGUGCAUGGAGUGUGGCGCCCGCUUCAAGACCAAGAGAGUCCUGCAGCACCACUUCAUCUUCCGUCACAGCGAGGAGCGCCCCUUCAUGUGCACGUGCUGCCAGGCGCGGUUCAAGAGGAAGUGCGAACUGAAGCGUCACAUGUACACCCACACGGGGGAGAAGCCCGUCCCCUGUAGCCUCUGUCCCGCCAGCUUCAUUUGUAGGAGUCAGCUGUUGGCGCAUCUGAAAUCUCGCCACAGUUACGGCAGUACUGUUGGUGACCCAGAUGUGAACAGCCCUAACAAAAGUGAAGAGGACUCCUGUGGUACCUCUUAGACUGUCAUU